ACUUUAACCCAUUAAUCGUUCCGUCCGGGCGACUCUUGUCGGAGUCUCUCUCUCUCUCUCUCUCUCUCUCUCUCUCACUAGAUCUACUCUCUAAACGGGUACGAUUGUUUACGAAAUUUGUAGCUUCACAGGGUGAAAUUAAGAGGUGUAGUCAUUGAUGGCGCUUUCAGUUCCUCGGGCUAUGUCGAAAGGCGUAGUGAUGACAGUGCCGGCUCUGGUUCUCACUGUCUCAGUGGCUGCUGUUUUUCUGUUUUUCCUUUUGUCGUCUCUCUCUUCUUGCUCAUGCCCUUCACAACCUUCCUCCACCCCUGCCAACAAAGUUAGGAACGUUGAUGUUGGUUCGUCUGACUCUAGCAGAGGUAACGGUUUUUUAGCAACAAGGAAAGAGGAUGUUGAUUGGGUGAAAAGUCAAAUACAAGCAAAUGGACUUCAUAUGCAAGAAAAUGUGCUCCGCAAGGGUAUUAACCCUCGCACUAGGGCUCAACAACUUGAGGAUCUUAGACAAUUUAAGGGCAUAUCACACUACGAGGGACCUGACUCAAAUAACCACACCGCAUUUCCAUGCCCCGGAGAACUUCUAGUUGAAGAGCACCAUAGUAACUACGGUGAACCUUGGGCAGGUGGAAGGGAUGUGUACGAGUUUCUUGCUCAAGCGAUUCAGCUCAGACCAGACUCGCAGGUGCUCGAGAUAGGGUGUGGCACACUUCGAGUUGGUUUGCAUUUCAUUCGAUAUCUAAACCCUGAACACUUCCAUUGUCUUGAAAGAGAUGAGCUCUCUCUGAUGGCUGCAUUUAGGUACGAGCUUCCAGCACAAGGCCUCUUACAUAAACGACCUCUGAUCGUUAAGGGCGAGGACAUGGAUUUCAGUAAGUUCGGUUCUGGUGUAACUUAUGAUUUGAUUUACGCUAGUGCUGUAUUUCUUCAUAUGCCUGAUAAACUCGUAUGGAUUGGACUGGAAAGAUUAACAUCCAAAUUGAAACCUUAUGAUGGACGAAUCUAUGUAUCACAUAAUAUAAAGUUCUGUUCAAGGUUGGGAGGAGAGGAAUGCACAAAGAGGCUUACGAGUUUAGGACUUGAGUAUCUCGGGAAGCAUACACAUGAUAGUAUUCUGUUUAAUCACUAUGAGAUAUGGUUUGAAUUUAGACGGUCAAAGAUUUAAGUUCGGAUUGAUUCUUCGAAAAAAAGCAUGAGAAAUAGCUUUGAAUGACCUCAAGCCACUAAAUUGCUUUGCUCAUUGCUAUAAGUCUUCAGCAACUUAGUGAUAAUCUUGCUUCAGUCCUGAGAUUUUUUUCUACUCAGUGGUUUUCAUCAACUCGUGGUGGAAAAGCGAGAGGGUCAUUUGUAAUUUUGGUUGAGGACUUGACAAAGGCUUGAAGAUCUGUAUUAUAUUUUGGGAUUCUAUUCCAAAAGGGUUAGCUUAAUAUUUACUUAUUAUUGUCUCUAUGUAGAUUAUGAUCUGAUUAGCUGUAUUUGGCAGUCAUACUAUCAUGCAACUGAUUGCUGUUUAGACAAUUAUUAUGUCGGAUGCCAUCGAACAUCUGUAAUGGUGUGAUACCUUUAACUAUUCAUAUUUUUUUAGAUUGAUUAUUAUAUAUGGUUUCAAAUUGAUAUUCA